AUGCCUGGGGAAGGUUUUGUGGGCCAGGCUGCCAUUCCAACUGCAAGGGCAACUGGAAAAUGUAGACAGUACAGAGUGCCUUCAACAGCCUCAGUCAAUUCAUCACCUGCUGAACAAAGGCAGCAGGUCAGAACAUAUCUUGCCCCAACUUCCUUAGAGGAAUCAAAAAGCCUGUUUUUGACGGCAGCAGAAAAUCAGCGAAGCCCUGCAGGUCCCUCUCCUCAGCAGCAGCACCCAGAGCCAAGUCAAAUCACUUGUAUGACCAGAGAAGAGUUUAUGCAGAGGAUGAGGACUGUCAGUUGGGGCACAAAGGAAGAAUAUGGGAAACUCUUUGACGAAGUGGAUGUGGCCCAAGAUGGCUUCAUUAAUUGGGACAAGUUGACUUCAUUUAUGCUGUUAACACUGUAUGAGAAUGAUGAAUGAGCAAAGGCAACUGUGACUCCCCUGGGGAAAGACCUUGAAUUCUUCCCAGUGAAACACAAGGACACCAUUCAAAAAGUACUAAUCUUAAAAAGCUCAAGUUGUUAUUUGACCGUCAGCAAGGAAGGUUUAUUAAGAAUCUGGUGAGAGAAUUUAAAGCUGCAAGAAGCACUUCCUGUCACUUCGGAUGCUGCCAAGCUUAAACAUCUGUGGGCGACAAGUCUGGUUUCUCUGGAAAACGUAAACAAGAUUUCGGUGGCUUUUACAAGUAAAGAGAUUUGUUUCUACGAUCUGCUGUCCAAAGAAGGAUUUCCCUGUCAAUAUAAACUCUAAGGCCUGAAAGGAACACCAGUUUGCAUGGAUUAUUGGUAUGAUCCUCUUGAUACCAAUGAAUCAAUUCUGUCUUUUGGGGAUGUAGCUGGAAAGGUUCAAGCAAUUGUUUUCACGACAACCAUGAUGUCUGAGUGUCCAGCUAGUGCAUGUGAAGAUGAAGAGGCCACGGUGAUGAACUGGGCAGAACUGCUCUCUGGACAUCACAAACGUUGCUAUACAUUAAGGCACAAACUUCAUCAGGGAGAGGGGGUCAGGCAAGUUGCCUACAAUGCAUCUUUAGAUGCUAUCAUUUCCAGCACAACCAACAAUACAAAUACUGUGGUGCUGGCUUGGAGAGAGAAAUCAAAAAAACAUCUUCAAAUGACAUCCCUCAACAUUGCCCAGGGCAUUCAUGCUUUUGAUUACCACUCUCGGCUCAAUUUAAUUGCCACUGCUGGCAUUAACAAUAAAGUUUGUCUAUGGAACCCCUAAGUUGUCUCUAAGCCAGUUGGGGUCCUUUGGGGUCACUCAGCCAGUGUUAUAGCUGUUCAAUUCUUUGUUGCAAGAAAACAACUUUUCAGCUUCUCCCAAGAUAAAGUUUUGAGACUCUCGGAUGUCCAGCACCAGCUCUCCAUCCAGCGAACAGUGUGUGCUUUCCCCAGAUGCCAGGACUUCAGAUGCCUCUUCCACUUUGAUGAAGCCCAUGGCCGACUUUUCAUCUCAUUUGAUCACCAGCUAGCAUUGCUGGCAAUGGAGAGGGAAGCCAGCAAGAGAGUGAAAAGCCCCAAGAACGCAGACUGUGUCCUUUACAAUUCAGUCUUGAAGCAGGUAAUCAGCUCUGAUGUGGGGUCAACUGUUUCCUUCUGGAUGAUAGACACUGGGCAAAAAGUCAAACAAUUUACUGGUUGCCAUGGGAAUGCAGAAAUCAGCACUAUGGACCUUGAUGCAAAUGAGACGCGGCUUUUGACUGGCAGCACAGAUGGAACUAUUAAGGUAUGGAACUUCAGCGGAUAUUGUCACCACACACUAAAUAUUGGGCAGGAGGGAGCUGUGGAUAUUUCACAGAUCCUGGUUCUUAAGAAGACAAUACUGGUUACAGGCUGGGACAGGGCUAUUACUGUGUUUUGACCUCAGAACUUCAAUCCAUUUUUCAUGCAACCUGAAGAAUGGAAAGGAGGAAUACAGCAGGGAGAUGAUAUCUGGUGUGCUGCGUUUUCACCUCUACAGACUCUUGUAACAGAUUAACUAAACCUUCACUUGACAAGUUAUGAUGGAGAAAUUACAUGGGACAACAGAACAGAAAAUUCUCACUUUGUCCUUCACCUUGAUUACCAGAGGCUACUAAAAUCAAAAUCAGAUAUAAAGCCUCAAAAGCUCCUCAAUAUUGGGAGAAGCUGUUCCAGCCACCCUACAGCAGACCAGACUGCCCCGGGAGCUGGUUCCUUUGAGACUGACACUGUGAGCAAUACUGCUGUUAUGAGGCUUUGCUUCCUUGAAGCAAGAAAGGAUAUUGCAGUGACAGGAGGUGCUAACUUGGUGUCAUGUGGAGGAUCUGGGUAUGUCAGAUUCUGCAAUACAAUUCAGGAGCAACUUCUGGCUGAAUUUUUGGCUUAUAGUGGAGUUGAACUUAUUAUUAUGGCUACUGAUAAAUUGAAUCGAUACCUCGCCACAGGAGAUCUUGAUGGAUGGUUGAACAUCUGGAAUAUAGAGGAUUACUGCCUUAAUUCUAGUAAGAGCAAAGUCACACAGACCCCACCUCUGACAAGAUCGUUCCAACCUCCUGAAGACCAGAUAAGUUCCUUAGAGAUGUGUGAGCCGGGUGUGUGUUACCUGAUUAUCUCGUCCUCGGCAGAUUGCAGCAUUUGUGUGACUGAUGUCUGCGGUGCUUCUGUCUGGAUCUUCGGUCAGGCAAAGGACUGGCAAAUUGAAAACUGUUUCUCUCUUCCUAAGAAGGAUAAUAAUUUAACAAACAAUGAGAUUCAAGAAGAAAGUAUAAGUGAAAUUCUUUUACUUUCUAAGGAGCAAUCAUGUUUAGACCCAACAGAACUUUCUCUACUUGAUAAGAAAAACAAAGAUGAGUCAACAUACAAUGUCAGACCAUCAGAAGUCAUAAAUUUAGGUAUAAAAUAUAAGGAAAAAAACAUAUAUAAGAAAAAAGCACAAAGCUUUUACAACAGUGAAGUUACACAAAAAUCACCCAGCGUAUUUAGGUCAUUAAGCAUGGGAGCCCUGAAAGAGCUUCCUGAAGUGAAUAAACCGGCUUUUCUUCUAAACCCUGAGGAAUACUUUAGGGAAGAGCCAGAGAAGGAGUGUCCCCAAAUUCCAGAGGACCCAUCACUUUCUGAGACUUUGAAAGCUGCAUUUGUUGAAGAAAACCUGUUUCCCAAAGACUUUCUGGAUCAUGAAAGAAAAGCCAACCAAUUCUGUCAAGAAACAAGUAGUGAAGUGAAGAUAAAAGGAAAUAAGAAGCAUUUGGAAAUAUUUAUGAUGGAGUACAUUGGUAAUCUGAUGCGAAACAGAUUACCUGUUUCGUCCUGUGAGAAACAGAAAAGAGCUAACUACUAG